AUGAAGAAGUACAAUGUAUACCACCGCGUUGCAACCCCCUAUCACCCUCAAACAAGUGGGCAAGUGGAGGUAUCAAACCGAGAAUUGAAGCGGAUCCUAGAAAAGACAGUGAAUGGAUUGAGGAAGGAUUGGUCUUUGAAGUUUGAUGAUGCAUUGUGGGCAUAUAGAACGGCCUACAAGACUCUACUUGGUAUGUCGCCCUUUCGAAUUGUUUAUGGGAAGGCAUGUCACAUUCCUUUGGAAUUGGAGCACAAGGCUUAUUGGGCAAUCAAGAAGCUCAAUUAUGAUUUUAAGGUGGCGGGUGAAAAGCGACUUCUUCAACUUAAUGAAUUGGAUGAGAUUCGGUUCAUGGCUUACGAGAAUACUAAACUAUACAAGGAAAGAACGAAGAAGUGGCAUGAUGCCCAUAUCGCCCCUAAGGUUUUUGAAGCGGGGUCCUUUGUGUUAUUAUACAACUCACGGUUGCAGGUUUUCCCGGGCAAGUUAAAGUCACGAUGGAAUGGGCCAUUUAAAAUUAAGAAUGUGGCAAGUCAUGGCGCGGUGGAAUUGGAGAAUUCUAAGGGCGAGACCAUUAAAGUUAACGGGCAUCGGUGCAAGCCGUAUCUUGGGCCCUUAACUAACCGAGUGGAAGAUGAGGUUUGUGCAUGUCUCGAUAGAGAAGCUCCCAGUCACUUGCUUCUCGAUCGAGACCAAGGUCUCCAGAAGUUACCGAGAGCAGCAAAUUUUAGACACAAAUGGAGAGGCACAUGGAUUGCUGAGGUGGCACGAUCAUCGACCAUUCAAGAGAAGCACAACUCACAUGGAUUGAUGAGUUGUCUCAAUCUCAUGCAUCCAUUUCAAAACCACCAAAUUUUGCCAUAA